CACACCCACCUUUCUUUCACUCCCCUCAGUAAUAACACAGUCACUUCCUUCACCAAGUCAGACUGCACAGCUCCAUUCGUGUCGACUGCCCAGAGUCCACGAAUACAGCUCUGCACCUUCCACCAGCAGCAACUCUACCUGACCAUACAUACACAGUAAAGCGGCACAUCUGCAGCCCACAUUCCAGCAGCCUCCCCUGCCUCUGUUCAGACAUGUCACUCUACAGCUUCGGCCUGGAGCCGAUCUCCUGCCACGCCUGGAACAAAGACAGGACCCAGAUUGCAGUGAGUCCAAACAACAAUAAGGUGAACAUCUAUGAGAAGAAAGGCAAAGACUGGGUCAAAAUCCACGAGCUGACUGAGCACAGUGGACGAAUCACAGGUAUUGACUGGGCCCCAGAGUCCAACCGCAUUGUGACAUGUGCCUCAGACCGCAAUGCCUAUGUGUGGACUCUGAAGGAUGGCAUGUGGAAACCCACCCUGGUCCUGGUUCGCAUCAACCGUGCAGCAACAUGUGUGAAGUGGUCACCUCAGGAGAACAAGUUUGCCCUGGGCAGCGGAGCUCGUCUCAUCUCCGUCUGCUACUUUGAGAAGGAGAAUGACUGGUGGCUGAGUAAGCACAUCAAGAAGCCCAUUUGUUCCACAGUCCUGAGUCUAGCCUGGCAUCCCAACAACAUCCUACUGGCAGCUGGGUCUGCAGACCUUCACUGCAGGGUUUUCUCGGCCUACAUCAAAGACAUCGAGGACAAACCUGGACCCACUGCCUGGGGGGCCAAGAUGCCUUUUGGGGAGGUGCUGCUGGAGCACAAGGACUGUGGAGGCUGGGUGCACAGUGUCUCCUUCUCCCCCAGUGGAGACCAGCUGGCAUGGGUGGCCCACAACAGCAGCAUCACUGUGGCUGAUGCUGCCCAGAAGAAGGAGGUAACCCAACUGACCAUUGACCAUCUGCCACUGCUGAGCGUCCUCUAUGUCAACCCCACUGAGAUUGUUGCUGCGGGCCAUGACUGUUGUCCAUACCAGUUUACCUAUAAGGGUCCUGGUGCCCUGGAGUUUGUGAAGAAGCUGGACAUUCCUAAGCAGACCUCUAAGAGCAGCAUGUCAGCCAUGCAACACUUCCGCAACCUGGACAAGAGGGCCACUGAGGAUGACAGCAACGAGCUGGACACCCUUCACCAAAACAGCAUCACGCAGCUGUGUGUUGUGUCAGGGGAGAAAGCCAAAGUAGAGAAGUACAGUAGUGUGGGUCUGGAUGGAGCCAUGGUGAUCUGGGACUUUAAGCAUUGAACCCAGAAGACUAUAAGGAUGGCAGAUAGAUCUGCCACUAAACCCAAGCGCAUAAAUAUGGAACCACUGAUAUGCUUUGCUAGACAACACUGUCAACACAUGUUCUUGAUGAUAUUUGUGAAUAAACCAUCUUUUGAAUAAAUAAAGAGGAUAUUUACUGGCCA